AUGCCUGUUGAAGCUGAAGUGUUGCCUCAGCCCUCGCGGCUUCCACCUGAUGAUGCUCUCGCUGUCAUAUGGGAACUCAUCCGAUAUAUUUUGAUCUUUGUGAUCAUUGUUUUCGGUGUCAUACCUGCACUUUGUGGGACGGUCUUUCCACCAUUUUCUGCUCUAUGGGAUGUGUUGUCCGCAGUUUCACCAUACACGUGGGGCUCCGUGGGAAUAGGUAUCGGCAUUGCCUUUUCUAUUAUCGGUGCCGCGUGGGGGAUCUUAACAACAGCGGCCUCCAUCAGUGGAGCGGCCAUUCGCGCCCCCGAAAUUCGAAGCAAGAACCUGAUCUCCAUCAUUUUUUGUGAAGCUGUGGCGAUUUACGGUGUUAUCUUGUCAAUAAUUAUGAUGGGAAAAAUGGAAGCGAACGCCAACGCUAUUGAUGAGACGGGCAAAUACGCCUACCGCGCUGCUGCUUCCGGCUUUACUCUUUUUGCAGCUGGAAUUGCAGUUGGCAUCGGUAACAUGUCUUGCGGCAUUGCGGUUGGAGUGGUUGGGAGCAGUUGCGCUAUCGCUGAUGCACAUAGCAGCGCUCUGUUUGUGAAGGUCCUCGUCAUCGAGAUCUUCGCCUCUGCCCUUGGUAUCUUCGCCGUUAUUGUCGGGAUAUUGAUGUCACAAAAGGCAGUGAUGGUGUAG